AUGGGUCCUACCGGUAAAGCUGGUCUACCUGGAGCAGACGGGGUCCCAGGACCUCCUGGAACUUCUGUCAUGCUUCCUUUCCGUUUUGGACAGAGUGCUGGUGAAAAAGGGCCCAUUGCCUCGGCACAGGAGGCCCAAGCUCAAGCCAUCCUGUCUCAGGCUCGGCUGGCUAUGAAAGGCCCACCAGGGCCAAUGGGUUUCACCGGUCGUCCAGGACCUACGGGAACACCUGGAAGUCCUGGCUUACGGGGAGAAAGCGGGGACCCUGGUCCUCAGGGCCCCAGAGGUCCUCAAGGAUUGUCUGGUCCUCCUGGUAAAUCUGGACGGAGGGGUCGGGCUGGUGCUGAUGGAGCCAGAGGGAUGCCAGGAGAGCCUGGAAUUAAGGGCGACCGUGGCUUUGAUGGCCUUCCUGGUUUGCCUGGUGACAAGGGUUAUCGUGGUCAAACUGGAGGAAUGGGACCCAUAGGACCCCCUGGAGAGGAUGGAGAAAGGGGAGACGAUGGAGACAUUGGACCUAGAGGUCUUCCCGGCGAACCGGUGGGUGUUUCUGUUUCUCACACACAUAUGACAGUGUGUAUGAUAGUACUGACCUGUAUAACUUGGUUUUGUAGUCCAAUUUAAAAAUUGUAAGGCUACUUGGAUUUCUUUGUACGUUCUUUG